AUGCCCCAUGAGCUUCUUGGCCAGCUUCAGAAAGUAAAUUUCAUAUAUAUAUUUUUGGCGCAACUAUUAAGUGGUAAUAUUUGCUUUGAAUCACAGGUUUCAUCGCAGGAUCAUGGCAUGGCCGAAUUGCCAGAGCAGUUGGAGAGAAUCCAGAAGCACUUGUCGGUUUUGCGUCAUUCCCCAGAGUUGAGACAGCGUUGUUUUACAAUUUUAACUUAUGGUGAGGUAAGUCUUUUGUUUUUGGGUUGAAUUAUUUUGCUUAGAAGAAGGUACUGGACUAUUUGAAUUCACAAGAUAAGUUGGACAGACAAGCCGCUGUCAUUCUGAUGGGUAAGAUUAUCUUUUCUUUAAAACAGCGGUGUGCAUGGGGGGAGGGGGGACUUCGGCCGUUACCUUAAUAAUAUGUCGAUAGUCCCUCCUUCCAGAGUGUGGGCCUGUGCACGCCCUUGCGUAUAAACUUUCUUUCAGUUUGUUUUGUGGAAGUAAAUGUUGGAGAAGAAACAAAUAAGGUCCUCGUCUUUGCCAAUGCUUUGCUCAAAACAAUUGAAUGUCCUGAUGAGUCGGUGUCUUUCCUGGCCUCACGCGCCCUCAUUUACUUGAUUCACGUACGUUGAUAUUUUAAGAUCCGUUUGAGAUAAAUGUGUUAUUCCAUCAUUCGGGAAAAUAAUGAGCACUAUGUCGCAUCACCGUGGAGAAGAUGAAUUGUUUCUCUGCAAAAUCUUCAGCGACGCGAUCGGCGCAACGACGUUGCACUUAUCAUUUCCCCGACAGACUGAUAUGUCAAUUUAGUAUUUCUAUUAUAUUUCAGACCUCAAAGGCUUAUUCCCUUGAGAUGGUGGAUAUUGCCUUUUCAAGAUGCGCUGAUUGGUUUGAUCAAGGAAAAAGAAGUUGCAACAAAAUGGCAGGAUCUAUAUUGUACCGAGAUCUUGCCUUGUUUACGAGUACUCACUUCUUCCAAUCUGCCAGAAUUUUUUUUGAUCACAUAUUUUAUGCUAUCAAGGAUUCAAAGGUAAUUAGAUUUUUGUUUUCCAAUGUUUAGAUUAAUGUGCGAGUUGUUGGUGCUGAUGCUCUUCAUGCCGCCCUGACAGUUACAUCUCAAAGAGAGACCAAACAGAAAAACGAUUGGUACAAGGUGAGUCAAAUGGCAACAUGUUACGGGUUUUCAGCGAUUAUUUGAAGAAGCAUGCUUAAAGCAAGAUACUCUUAGCAAGGACGAUUCUUUGCAUGCCUCACUCUUGUUGUUGAAUGAAUUGCUUAGAGUUGCUAAUGCCACGGCCGAACAAAGAAGGCUGGAAAUCGAGGGGAAUCAACAGAGAGACGUAACUGGCACUGUGGUUGGGCAGAACCCUGUAACUUGGCUUUUUCAAGGCAUACAUCGACCAGCUGUAGAAAGCCACACUGCUAAUCUGCUGAUUUCGGAAAACUAUUUUGGAGAGGUAAGAAUUACAACUCGCUUAUUUUUUCCAAAGAUUAUAAGGAAAUGUAUGGAAGCCAGCAGCACAAAGUCUAAGGAAUGCCAAUUGUUAUUGUUGGAGAUAUUCCCCAGAAUUGUAUGCUUCCGUACGUCUUACGACCUCCCUCUGGAUCACAUAGUCGAGUGGACCUUAGGCAUGCUCAGCAAACAGCCGCAGGCAUUUCUCUCCUUUGGGUUGUACUCUAUGGAAAGGCCCCAAGAAUUAAAUCCGAAAACUUCCAAAUUCAUCUCAAUGAUUGCCGCACAGAUGAAUCAGAAUCCAUUGAAGUAGGUUUGGGGUUUCUCGUGUCUUACAAUGGUCUUAGAAGAAGAGCUGUUGCUCCGAACUUCUUCAAGGCGUUGUGCUUAUUGGUGAGAUCGCAAAAGCAAACUGUUUGCGAAGAUAUACGAAGGAACCUAAGUCUGAUUUUAAGUACAGGUCUGUCUAAGAAUCUGACAGAACUCUGUCAUCAUACGAUUGCCAAUAUUCCAUCGCUGAAGACUGAGUUGCUGGAUGGUCUGAUGGAUCAAUUGUAUCAGCUGUUAAUGGGUCUUUCUCCACCAAGCAAACUGGCUCCUCCAACUGAUCCACCGAUUCCUCACGGUCCCGUUUCCAUAACUAAUGUCGCUCUGACUGAAUUAGCUUUGGAAACACUCGGCAACUUCGACUUUCAAAGGCAUACUCUGCAAAUGUUCAUGAGGUACAUUGCUCUGGUAUGUUUUUAGCAGUAAAUGAUGACCUGUCUUUUUUCAGGGCUAUCUAGUCUGCGAUGUUGUGGAGAUUAGGCUAGCUGCAGCCAGGUGUUGCAUUCAAAUUGUGAAGCCCUUUAUAAGAGUUUUUGAUAUGGUCGAAAGCACACAGAAGUUGGAAGUUUAUGAGCUGAUCAGGAAUGUGUUAGAUUGUCUCAUCAAGGUUACCGUUACUGAUCAAGGUAAACUUUGCCUUACCCGUUUGUACUAUUUCUAGUUGUUCAAGUCCGCCUCUCUGUUCUGGAGUACUUUGCGACUGUUGAAAUGGACUUUCUUUACCAUCUAUCGCAGAAAGAGUCUUUGCUCAGUUUAUUCAUGACAUUGUACGACGAGGACUUCAGAGUACAAGAAAAGGCGGUCGAACUUUUGGCGAAGCUUUCAAACUUAAACCCCGCCUUGAUCUUUCCAAAACUAAGAAAAGUUGUUAAGGAGACGAUUUACAAUCUCUCAGUGAGCAGAAUCAGUAAGAACGAAGUCCACGCCGCUAGAAUCGUUUGUCAGCUUGGCCGAUGCGUGAGUUUAAAAAAAGUUGUAAUUUGUGCGUUUGCAGGCCCCAAAUUUUGUGAGCACAUUUAUGAAUUCAUUAUUGUUGGCUCUUGUCCCUCACUUGCGAGUAGACGGAAAAUCAUCAGAAGUUACUGUUAAUGUCUUAAACGCAAUUAGCGAACUGGCUUUGAUUGGUGGACUUGAUAUUGUGAGAGCUACAAAUAAAUUAAUCCCAUCUUUUGUAUCAUACCUUCAAGAUUCGACUAGUUUAAACAGAAGAGAGGUACGUUUAAAAAAACCGUUUUUAAAACAGUUUUAGGCGGCCUUGAGAGCUCUCGGGAAUCUCUGUCAAAGUAGUGCAUAUGUGGUAGAACCGUACAAAGAUCACCCCCAACUUCUGGAUAUUCUCCUCAGAUUAUUGAAAACAGAGUUAAGUUCUUCCAUGCGACGUCUUACCAUGAAAGUGUUGGGAAUCGUGGGGGCCCUGGAUCCUUAUACGCAUAAGGUGUUUUUGGGGACAGUUCAUUCUUCUGCUUCCAAAUCUUUGGCCUUGUCGUUGCCAUUAAAUUCAGCUAAAGGUAGAUAUCUGCCUGGUAAGUCUACACAGUCUAUUAGGAUUUCGCCUAGAUGAGGCAGACAUCAUACAAUGGAUAAGCUACGAGAAAUGCACCUUGGAAGAAUUCUAUCCGACUUUGGCCGUAUCCAACCUAGUCAAAAUGUUUGACGAUUACUCGGUAUCUUCACUGUACCGGGAUGUUGUUCAGGCAAUAAUGUUGCUUUUCUCGAACCUGGGCUCGCGGUUGGGCGAUUAUGUUGACAAGGUGAUUCCCAAAUUGAUUCGGGUCACCCAGGAAUGUAAACCCGAACUUCGAGAAUUCUUUCUGUCUCAAUUCGCCCAGUUGACCGCGUUAUUGGGCCAUCAGAUCAAGCCAUACAUAAACGAUAUUUUCAGUAUUAUCAAGGUAAGUUUAUCACUAAUCAAGCAGAUUUUCUCAGGUUGCCUGGCAAUGGGAUCAGCCAUCACUGAAAGGGAAGGCGAUUUUUUUGUUGGAGCAAGUUGGGAGGGCCAUGGAGUAUCAUUUUAUGCCAUAUGUCGGGGACCUUUGUCCUUACCUACUGGCAGUUGUAGAAACAGAUUCUACGAAGGAUAAAAGUCUGACUCUGAGUGCAUUGUCUUGCGUCCGAUCACUUUCAAUUUGCUUGGGGACUUACAUUCAUGUGGUUUUGCCACCGGUUUUGGAAGUUUUGAACAACAAGGCUGUUCCUGAAAAGAUUAGAAUCUUUGCUUUGGACACUGUAAUAACUCUGGCUAGAGAUCAUUCACUUGGAGAACGGGCUACUGUAAUUUUGCAAGCAUGGCUAAAAUGCAUAUCGGUAAAAUAUCUACAAGAAAAGUUGAUGGCUUUGCUAAGUAUUGUCCUUGUCCAGGUAUGCAUUACCUUUUGUAACCAUUGCACAACGGAUCUUGCAGAUGUGGGUCCAAUUCACAGUUUAUCGGGAUUCUGUCGACGCAGCGCUAAACAAGUACAAGAUUGAGCAAAGCCUGCGGUCGGAUUAUGAUGAUUUGGUGAUUCAGAUGAUAAAUGCGCCUAAGAACCCUCCAGUCAGUUAUCUCCUUCCUCAAGUCGGUAGACGAUUUCCAACCGGGGCCUUCCCGGGUAAUAAUUAUGCUCAAGCAGCCGGAAGUGGGGGAGUUCCUAGAACAAUUAAUCAAUCCAGUAGCCGAAUGUCUUUGAAGGAUAAAGCUCCUCGGAAUAUUGAACAUCUGAAAAGGUUCUGGAGUGCUCCAGUUGUUGUAUCCAGGGACGAAUGGCUUCAAUGGCUGGCUACUUUAAGAACCCAGGUGCUAAGACACAGUCCGAGCUUUGCUUUAAGGAUAUGCGCCCCACUCGCAGAACUCUAUGAACCGUUGGCCAAGUGAGCACUUCAUUUGAAAAGAAACGACAGUUUUAGAGAACUCUUUAACGCUGCGUUCAUGUCUGUAUGGACAGAACUUACGGAGAGUGAUCAGGACGAAGUGACAGCUCAAUUUGUCGAUGUGAUUACAAUUUGUCCCUAUUCUGAGCCAAUCCAAGCUGUGUUAAAUCUGGCUGAAUUCAUGGACCAUUCUGAAAAAGUAGGUCCAGAAUCUUAAACGUUACACGUUUUAGGGCCCUUUGCCGAUAAAAUAUAAUCUUUUGUGCGAGUGUGCCGAAAAUACCCGAGCUUACGCAAAAGCUUUGAGAUACAAAGAACUGCAUAUUCUCAGUUCCGAAGUCUCAACUCCCAGCGCUGAUGAUUGCCAAGGGCUUAUUGGGUAUGCAAACAAGUUAAAUCUGGAAGAGGCUGCGGUUGGUGUGGUGAAAUACGCGGAGAAGAAGGAAAUGGAAAUAUCGGUAGGUAUUAUUUUAAGUGUUUGUUAUUCUUCCAUAGGCAAAGUGGUACGAAAAGUUGGGUGAGUGGGAGAAGGCAUUGGAUCUCUACAAGGAAGCUACACAUAAAGAGCAUGGUAAUGAGACCAGGAUUGAUCAAAUGAGGUGUCUCGAAGCUCUUGGUUAUUGGACGGAAUUAACCGAGUUCAGUGAUGCCACUUUGGAAAGCUUGGAAGGCGAUACGAGAAAGAUUCGCUCUGAACAGCGCCGGAAAUUUCACCAGAUGUCUGCGCGUGGAUGCUGGGCAUCUGGUGAGCCGUUCUCAGUAAAUAUUUAACUUGCUUAUAGGAAAUUACGAAAAAAUGGCUAUGUAUGUUGACCUAAUCAGUGAGAAUUAUCACGAAGGAGCCUUUCUGAGAGCCGUAUUGGCGAUUAAAAAGAACAGAUUCCCUGAAGCAUACCAGUGUAUAACAAAGGUAAAGGUGGUAGGAGUAUGCAAACACGUUUUAGGUGAGGGACAUGCUGGAUUCAGAGUUAACAGCGAUGGCCUCCGAGAGUUACGAACGGGCCUACGGGGCUGUUUUAAUGGCUCAGCAGCUGACUGAGUUGGAAGAAGCAAUCGAGUAUAAACUUAUUCCCGAACGACGGACUAGAAUCGCGAUUUUAUGGAGCCGAAGACUUCAGGGAUGUAGGAAAAACGUUGAGCAUUGGCAACGAAUUAUGAUGGCCAGAUCCCUUGUUUUGUCCCAGAAUGAACUGCGUCCGAUGUGGGUAAAGUUUGCGUCAUUAUGUCGACGAGAAGGACGAAUGGCGACUUCCAGGAGGGUCUUCUGUUCAUUACUGGAUCUCUCUGAGAACUCCCCGUUGGAUCAAGUUAAGAUUCCAGUGGAUAAACCAUUCCUUUCUUUGGCCUUGUGUAAGCAAGUUUGGGCUGAUGGCAACAAGAAUACCGCUUACAAUAACGUCAAGUCGCUUGCCUCUACUCUCCAUCGAUUAAUUGAAACUAACAGUGGAAUGUUAUCGAAGGAACAUUUGGAGAAUAUGACACACAUUACAGCAAAAUGUUAUCUCAAAUUGGGGGACUGGAACAUGGAACUGCAGCCUCUGUUUGCUAAUUCCUUGCCUCCAUCAAGGACGUCUAGGCAUCCACAUUCCCAAAGGUAUGGCCAGGCUCGUGCGGAGGCCGAUGUUUUUAUGUUGCGUAUUGCUGCGUCUAAAAUAACUGUUGCUGAAGAUUCCUAUGCUUUAACCCUUUUUUCAGGACCGAGAUUACUGUCCAGUACUCGCAUAGCCAAGCAGAGAUUAACAAUUUUGAACAGAGCACGAAGAUAACUCUUCAACAUUACAUGAAUGCCACUCAUUUCUACCCCAGUUGGUACAAGGCCUGGCAUAAAUUGGGAACGGUUUAUUACAACCUUGUUAUGACCGAGAGACAGUUAAUGUUUGGAUCACCUGACGGGAGUAUGUACACCCGUAGGGAUGGCGUUUGCGACGAUUAUCCCGAACUGGAACAGUCUACGAAACCUUAUCGCGGUUCCUCAAGUCCAAUUGACCACAAAUCGAUCCUUCAGAAUCCUCAAAUGAUUACAAGUUACGCCUUAAAAGCGGUGCAAUGCUUCUUGAAAGCGAUUCAGUUGGCAGAAGGCAGUAGAUUAGAAGAUACAUUGCGUCUUCUUAUGCUCCUUUUUGACCACGGGGAUAAGUCUGAGAUCUUUGACUAUUUGAGAGAUGCGGUUAAAGUGGUUCCUGUUGAAAUUUGGCUUGAGGUUGUACCCCAACUCAUGUCGAGAAUGGAUUCUAAGAAGAAUGUGGGAUUGCUUGUGAAGCAAGUGGUUAUUGACAUCGCCAAGACGCAUCCUCAGGUGAGAAUACAUAAAAAGGUAAUACCUGGUUGCGUUUAGGCAAUUGUUUACGCUUUGACAGCCGCCAAGAAAUCAAAGAAUACCCAGCGUUGCAAAGUGGCCGCAGAUAUCUUGCAACUGAUGGCCGAAGAUCGUCCCGUCUUUGUCGAGCAGGCUUGUCUUUUGAAUGAUGAACUGAUUCGAUGUGCAAUACUAUGGCAUGAAAUGUGGCAUGGGACAUUGGAAGAAGCGUCCAGACUCUACUUCCAAGAAAAGAACUUCCAAUUGAUGAUGGAUGCAUUGAGACCCCUACAUCAGAAGAUUGAAGCCGGUCAUACCACCAUGAAAGAAGAGUCAUUUAAUCAGGCAAGGUUUUACUGCAUAUAUUUUAAACUCAUAUUACUUUAGACGUAUUACAAGGAACUGAGGGAUGCCUAUGAUCAUUGUCUAGCCUUCGAGAGAACCGGCAAUCAGAAAGAAAUCACUCAAGCAUGGGAUUUAUAUUAUAAGGUAUUCAAAAAAAUUUCCAGCCAAUUACGACAAAUGACUGCUCUCGAACUGAGUUACAUAUCACCAAAGUUGCUGCAAGUGUACAACUUAGAAAUAUCAGUCCCAGGGACAUACGACCCUUCAAGCGAUGUUGUGACGAUUGCCUCGGUGCUUCCUCAUCUUGAAGUAAUCAUGUCCAAGCAAAGACCAAGGAAAGUUUCGAUGAGAGGUAAUAGUCUUUGUUUAGUAAUUACAGGGUGUCCGGAAAAAAUGGAAACUCAUAUUUGUGGCCAUAUUUUUUUAGCAACCUUAAUUUAGCAAAAUUAACCAUGAAUAUAAGUGAAAUGGCGGUUUUUAAUUAAUAUGCUCAGGUAGGUUCCAAAUGGCUGCCCUUGGCGGCGAUACUGAGGUCCAAACGCUUCUUGAAAUUUUGGGCUCUGGGCCGCAGCUUUUUUGGAAAUCGGUCCCGUUCUUGGCACAGUGAUUCGUUAACGUCUCCAAACUUUUGCGACACGUAGUACGGGCUGUCCUUCAACGAAAAAAUACAGUCCAUCGGAGGAUCCGGAGGCGGCAAUUUCGGAAAAUCGGUGCUUGUGUACGAGUCAGGAAAACCCAUCAUGGUUACUCUCCUUGCAUUGUGUGAUUACCUUUGAUACAACCUCUUUUUAUACCAAGAAAAUUAACAAUUUGAACAGGUCAAAAAUCGAGGUCAUCCUGGUUGACAUUUAAAAAAAACAUUUUAGUUUAUUGAUAUGGGCAGAAAAUGAGAAGACUAGGACAGUAAAUCACGGAGAGUUUAAUAGUACAAGAAUAGUUUGGCUGCAGUUCGAAAUAUUCGCUUUUUCCAUUUUUUCUGGACACAUUGUAUUUAUACGGGGCUUUAGGGAACGAUGGAAAAGAAUACUCAUUCCUCCUGAAGGGACAUGAAGAUCCCAGACAAGACGAGAGGAUAAUGCAAUUGUUUGGACUGAUUAAUUCGCUUAUAAUACGAGAUGCUGACACUAGUCGGCGGAAUCUGAGUAUUCAAGUAAGAUUCGAUGAAAUUGGAGAGGCUUAUGUUUAGAGGUACUCCAUCAUUGCGCUGAGUCAGAGCAGUGGUCUUAUUGGAUGGGUGCCUAACUGCGAUACCUUACACACUCUUAUUCGCGACUACAGGGAGAAACAUCAUAUCACAAUCUCGGAGGAACACACGAGGAUGCAGAAAUUGGUGAUUGACAUUGAAAAGUUAACUCUGAUGCAAAAAGUAGAAGUGUUUGAUGAGGCUUUGCGUAGCACAAGUGGUGAUGACUUGAGGCAAACAUUAUGGAUGAAAUCCCCGAAGUGAGAUAGAGAAAUUAUAAGCGUCAUUAUUUUAGUUCCGAGGUGUGGUUCGAUCGUAGAACUAAUUAUACGAGAUCCAUGGCUUGCAUGUCAAUGGUUGGCUACGUUUUGGGAUUAGGAGACAGGUAUGUUGUUUUUAACCCUUUCCGGACGAGUCGGCACCUCCAUGCAGAAAUGAAAGAGGGUACCCUACUGAGUAACGGCAUAGUAGUGGUUCAGCCCAUCGAAGCGUUAUUUGGGACUUAUGACAAAAAAUGUCCUAAAAGUACCCCCAGUUGACAUAACCCUUAUAAAAUUUUGCUAACGACCUGUAAAUUAGAAACUACCCCUAAGUUAAAGUCUAACACUCCUACUACUGUUACAUCCAAGAACUGUCCAAAUCGGACCACUACGGGAUUAGUUAUCGACUUUUGGAAAUUGAAUUUUAAAUUUCGACCAAUUUUUGGCCCAAAAUUGAGUAUAUCUUCCGCCGGAAUCAACCAUUUCGGUCCAGGUGUGGUUUUUCUGAAUCUACAUUGACGCUAGCUUCUUCCCAGAAUGUUUCCAGAAAAAACCUACAGGGCACGUUUCUGUAAAAAGCGAAAAGGUUGAAAGCGUAAAGGUUUCACCGUAUAAAAUGUCGCCGCAAGCCGAGAAGGGUCGGGCGCAGCUCGAAAGGCGAAAAUAAUAUACAUUUUUUUGAGAAAUACUAUUUUAGUGUGAAACUAAAGCAAAAUCCAAUGAAAUUGCCUGAAAACGCAUUAAAAAUAUUAAAAUGACAUUGAGUUAAUGUUUGCGUGCUCUGUCUGUCUGUAUUUCAUCUGAAUUCAGCUUGUCGACACUAAAAUAAUAUUUUUCGAAGAAAAAUAUUAUUUUCGCCUUUCGAGCUGCGCCCGACCCUUUUCGGCUUGCGGCGACAUUUUAUACGGUGAAACCUUUACGUUUUCAACUUUUUUGCUUUUUACAGAAACGUGCUCUAUAGGGUUUUUCUAGAAACAUUCUAGAAAGAAGCUAGCGUCAAUGUAGAUUCAGAAAAACCACACCUGGACCGAAAUGGUUGAUUCCGGCGGAAGAUAUACUCAAUUUUGGGCCAAAAAUUGGUCGAAAUUUAAAAUUCAAUUUCCAAAAGUCGAUAACUAAUCCCGUAGUGGUCCGAUUUGGACAGUUCUUGGAUGUAACAGUAGUAGGAGUGUUAGACUUUAACUUAGGGGUAGUUUCUAAUUUACAGGUCGUUAGCAAAAUUUUAUAAGGGUUAUGUCAACUGGGGGUACUUUUUAGGACAUUUUUUGUCAUAAGUCCCAAAUAACGCUUCGAUGGGCUGAACCACUAUUAUGCCGUUACUCAGUAGGGUACCCUCUUUCAUUUCUGCAUGGAGGUGCCGACUCGUUCGGAAAGGGUUAAACAAUCAACUUUUUUCAGACAUCCUUCAAAUCUUAUGCUUGAUCGGCUAAGUGGCAAGAUAGUGCAUAUUGACUUCGGAGACUGUUUUGAAGUAGCCAUGAAAAGAGUAAAAUAUCCAGAGAAGAUUCCCUUCCGCCUGACCAGAAUGUUAGUUCGAGUAAGUUUGUUAAUGAAUCCAAAAUGGGCAUAUUUCAUAAGUUUUUUUAAAAUAUACUGCUCUUUGGAGAAAUUAAAAAAUUUUUUUUGCAAAUAGGAUUUUGAAAAAUUAUUUACACUGAAAUUUUUACCCUACAUUUUCGUCUAUAGCGAGAUGCUCUGACCACGGGGAUGUUGUAAACUUUCUAAAUCUGCCUAUAUGGAACCAUUAAGUACGAUACUUUAGGCAAUGGAGGUAACCGGAAUAGAAGGUAACUUCCGUCUUACUUGCGAAAAAGUCCUCAAUCUUCUUCGCAAUAACAAUGACAGUAUCCUUGCUGUGCUAGAAGCCUUCGUUUACGAUCCUGUAAUGAAUUGGAGGUUAACAGAGCCUUCGAAUCGGCGCGACAACAACUAUCUGGAGGUUGAACAAGAAGAACAACAACUCACAGGGAGUCAUACCGAAGCGAUCAGUCGAGUCAAGGCCAAGUUAACUGGCCGAGAUUUCAAUGCUUUAGAGGAGAUUACAGUCGCCGAACAAGUCAGUCGCCUAAUAGAACAGGCAACAUUAUACGACAACCUAUGCCAGUGUUAUAUUGGAUGGUGUCCGUUCUGGUAA